AUGUCCAGCGACCCCUCUGCCGCAAGCGCGGAAGAUGUCGCCAAGCAAUUUGUGCCCGUUAAUGGGCCCUUCAUGAUCUCGACUGACUUCGCGUGCCUUUUGUAUGGCUGCUACCUGGUUCAGCUCAACCGAUACUUUUGCCAUUACUCGCACCGGGACAAUUGGUUGAAGGUUCUGGCCGUCGCGGUCACACUCGUAUCGGGAGCGACCAUCGGCUUUGCCAUGGUGUCGCAGUACAAGGUCCUAGUCACGAACUCGGGCGAUCCUGGCGUCUGGAUGACCAGCCCUUGGGAAUUCGUCAUGACGCCGGUUACCACUGGACUGAGCGCCUUUUUGGUACAGCUAUUCUUUGCGUCACGCAUUGCGUUCUUCCGGCGAGAUAUCAUUGGAAGAAUAUUGUCGGCAACUGUUUCCCUGGUGGCCACUCUGGCUUUCGCGGGCGCCCUUGCGGAUAUGGCCGUCCUCAUCAAGUACGUCAAGAAUGGAUUCAACGCCUUGGAUCUCUCCAAGAUCUUCAUGGUGGCCAGGAUCUGGACCAUUUCCAGUGUGAUCUGCGAUAUCCUCAUCGCCGCGACGAUGACUGUCUUGCUCGUCCGAAGCCGCAGGCAGACGCACUUUCGAUCGACCAAGGAGAUGCUCCAUCGACUGAUUUUGCAGUCUAUCGAGACGGGGACGGUCACCGCCUUCGUUAUGGUCCUUAUGUUAAUAUGCUAUGAGACCAUGAGCAGCAAGAACUCGUCAUAUACUGUCUGGGAAUUGGCUAUAGGACCCUUGUACGGCAACGUUAUGCUUUUCGUGCUUAAUGCGCGAGAGGGCUUAGCGUCGGACGACGUGGACUGCAAUACGGAUGACCUCGAGUUGGACUCAACGCCUCUGCCACUUUCCUUUGCCUCGCACCGGACGGAUUCGCAGCUCGUACAGAGAGAUACUGUAGGCGGCGAAGCAGACAUCACGGAGACUGCACCGAUGCUUGCUGGCUACGCGUCUUGUCUACUAUAUGGUUAUUACCUUGCGCAACUCCACGUUUACUUCAACCGUCAUGCGCACGGGGACAGGUGGUUGAAGUGGCUCGCUAUCAGUAUCGCGAUUAUAUCCGGGGUGACCAUUGGGUUCUCCAUGGCCUCACAAUGUGUCAUCCUCGUCGAGCACGGAGGUGAUCCCUCUGUUUGGUCGUCGAGUCCGUGGCAGCUAGCUUUGGGGCCUGUCACCACCGGAUCGACCGCAUUGUUGGUUCAGCUUUUCUUUGCUAGUCGCAUUGCUCGCCUGCGGCGCGACGCUGCAGGUAAGGUCCUCGCAGGACUGAUCAUUCUGGUCGCCGCGGCAGCAUUAUCGAGUGCUCUUGCAGUCACAGUCCUGGACCAAGUCUUCGACGGCUGUAGCAAGGGUAAACGUGGAUUCUACGUACUCAAUCGCCAACUCACCGUCAAACAGCAUCUUUGGCUCUUCGCUAGCCUAGCAUGCGACACCCUGAUCACCGGGGCAUGUUUCUUCCUCCUCAAGGACCACGAUCAGGCACAUAUCAACGCGACACGGCCGUGUCUGCGUUCGCUCGCGCCGAAGUUCAUCGAAACCGGCAUGAUCCUUGCUGUGGUCAUGCUCCUCUCCGCCAUCUGCUACGAGACUAUGGGUGCGAGGAAUCUAACGUACUUCAUCUGGGAACUGUCGAUCAGCCCGCUGUACGUUCUCGUUCUCGCCAUUCUGACGACUGUCGAGGUUAAUACGCGUCGCAGCUACGGCAACGUCAUGCUGUUCAUUCUCAACUCACGGCACCGCGCAACCUGCGAGGAAGAUACGGGCGAUAUUGAAAUGCGGUCCCCGCCGCUCUCCCCGGGAUCGCCCAAGAUGAUCUCGCACGUCCUAAGCAUCGGCGCCAUCGACUCGAAGCUCAGCGGUAGCCACGGGAAGACCAACGACAUUGUGCGCGAGGCCGUCAAGUUCUUUCGUCCUACGGACAGUGGCGCGGCCGUUAUGGCAGCGCCUACGCCCAGUGACAUUGCGCGGGCCUACGCUCCCAUAAACGGACCUACGAUGAUUGCAAUCAACAUGUCGUGUCUUCUUCACGGCUGCUCCAUUGUCCAGCUUCUCGGCUACUUCGCGCGGUUCUCCGACAAGAGGGAGCACCUCGCUUAUCUCGCCGUCGUGGUCACUGCUGUGGCAGGUAUCGGCACAUGGUUCGGCGUCAUCUCUCAGUAUCUAGUGCUCGUCCGCCAUUCGGGAAAUCCCGAUGUGUGGACGUCGAACCCAUGGCAAUUCCUGGUGACUCUCGGCAGCACUGGCCUUACCGCUUUGCUUGUCCAGCUUUUCUUCGUCAGUCGCAUCGCGCGUUUUCGGCGUGACAUUAUUGGCAAGACGAUGGCGACGCUUAUCACGCUGGUCUCGACCCUAGCCUUCGCAGGCUUCCUAGUGAUUAUGGUCUUGUAUGUGAAAUGCGGUCUAAACACACUGGAGCUCGAGACUGUACUUCCGAAGGCCGUCACCAGGCUCUGGGGAGUGUCGAGCACCAUUUGCGACGUCCUCAUCGCCGCUGCGAUGUCUUAUCUGCUUGUGAGCAGUCGCAGACAUACGCGGGUACGCUCUACCAAGCAGAUGAUAGAGCGUCUGAUCUUGCAAUCCAUCGAAACUGGCACUAUUACUGCUGUGUGGAUGGCGACGAUGAUCACUUGUUAUGAGACCAUGGGCUCGAAGAAUACGGCCUACGUCGUCUGGUGGGCGCGCAUCUCUAUCAUAUUGACGUUCCAGCUGACGUUGAGCAGGGAGUACUCCAUUGGGCCGCUGUAUGCCAACGUCUUACUAUUCGUACUCAAUUCUCGCGAGCGCAUGGCAGCCGACGAGGUGCGCUGCACUACCAGCGACAUCGAGCUGAGCACCAUGCAUUUCUCUGUGGUGUCGCCACACGCAACUAUCCCUGUGUCCAUUGCUGGCGACCCCAAGCGUCGAGCAGGCUUCACCGAUUUAGAGGAAGACCCGCUGGAAGCUAUGCUACUUGUGCCUCGUACCUCCGAUCUCGACUCUUCCAAUUUCGAGGUCGUCGGGACGUCAUACCUUCGAGAUGUCGCAAAAGGCCACGCUGCUGCUGUUGAGGACGCGUUGCUGGCCGGAUAUAUCGAUGGCCAUCCCAUGACAGCACCCGUUGAUAUUGCCCAUGCAUUCGUGCCAGUGUAUCUAACCUUCACUCUGCUGUCUCAUCACCGAGGCUCAUCUUUCCCUCCCAGGAAUGGCCCCUUCACGAUUGCCGUGGACGUAUCAUGCCUCUUGUAUGGAUGUCUCCUCGCUCAGACAUCUGAUUACUUUCAGUAUCAUUGCCAUAGGGACAGAUGGCUGAAGUACCUGAGUAGUGCCGUCUUUGCCGUCAUCGCUCAAUAUGUGGUACUUGUCCAUGAGGUGGGCAAUCCGACGGUGUGGAUGUCGGGCGCGAGGAUAUCGUUGGUGCCCUUGCUCGGCAGCGGGCUUAACGCUCUGAUCGUUCAGCUCUUUUUCGCCUCCCGAAUUGCGCGCUUCUGCCGCGACAAAGUCGGAAUCGCGCUCGCAGGCAUCAUCAGCUUGACCGCAAUCGUGGCUUUUGGUGGGUCCAUCGCGGACACGAUAAUUUGGCCUGAAGCCAAGAUGCAGGACUCUGACACCCUGCAUCUUUGCCAGAAGCUUCCGCUGGCGGUCGCGAGAGUGUGGACCGUCACCAGCGUCAUCUGCGAUGUCCUCAUCGCAACUACCAUGAUUGUGCUGCUCGCUCGCAGUCGCGAAGAAGCUCACUUCCGGACGACGAGGCAGAUGCUUAAGCGCCUCAUCGUCCAAUCUAUCGAGACGGGGAGCGUCACCGCUCUUGUCAUGAUUCUUCUGCUAAUAUCUUACGAGACGAUGGGCACGAAGAACGCGACAUACGUCGUUUGCGCCAGGGAGAUAUCGCUCGGUCCUCUGUACGGUAAUGUCAUGCUCUUCGUGCUCAACUCGAGAGAGGGGUUGGCGCCUGACAUCGUCCGAUGUCUCGCUGAUUCCGGUCAGCGUCCGCCUCUCGAGGAUCUUGCAGUCGCAGGACUUCCAUGA